AUGGCCAAAAUGCUGUCCAGCUUCGGCAAGAACCUGCUGCGCCGUCGGCCGCUGGACUUCUCCAACGAGGAGACCCAGUUCGCCCGCUGCCUGUCCACCCUGGACCUGGUCGCCCUGGGGGUGGGCUCCACGCUGGGCGCCGGCGUCUACGUCCUGGCGGGCGAGGUCGCCAGGGAGAAGGCGGGGCCGGCCAUCGUCCUCUGCUUCCUCAUCGCCGCGCUGUCCUCCAUGCUGGCCGGCCUGUGCUACGCCGAGUUCGGCGCCCGCGUCCCCAAGACGGGCUCCGCGUACCUCUACAGCUACGUGACGGUGGGGGAAAUAUGGGCCUUCAUAACAGGCUGGAACCUCAUCCUCUCCUACGUCAUCGGUACGGCCAGCGUGGCCAGGGCCUGGAGCUCCACCUUUGACAACCUGGUCGAGCAGAAAAUAUCCAGCUUCUUUAAGGCCUCCAUGGCAAUGAAAGUGCCUGGAAAAGUGCUAGCAGAGUACCCGGACCUGUUCGCCCUGAUCCUAGUCCUGCUGCUAACCGGGCUCCUGGCCUUCGGCGUGAGCGAGUCCGCGUUGGUGAACAAAAUCUUCACGGGCAUCAAUCUGGUGGUGCUGGGGUUCGUCAUCAUAUCCGGCUUCGUCAAGGGCGACGUGGACAACUGGCACCUCGUGAAAGACGACUACCUGGAGUACAGGAACGGCACCAACGUCAGCCAAGGACAAAUUGAGAAAGAAUUUGGGGAAGGUGGUUUUGCUCCGUUCGGGCUCGCUGGAAUCUUAUCUGGUGCUGCCACCUGCUUCUACGCCUUUGUGGGCUUUGACUGCAUUGCCACAACAAGCGAAGAAGCCAAGAACCCCAUGCGCUCCAUCCCCAUCGGCAUCGUGGCCUCGCUGCUCAUCUGUUUUUUCGCGUACUUCGGCGUGUCGGCAGCCCUCACCAUGAUGAUGCCGUACUACCAGCUGAACACCGACAGCCCCCUGCCCGAGGCCUUCAGCCACGUGGGCUGGGCGCCGGCCAGAUACAUCGUGGCCGUGGGGUCCCUCUGCGCUCUGUCCACCAGCUUGCUUGGCUCCAUGUUCCCCAUGCCUCGAGUUAUUUACGCCAUGGCGGAGGACGGCCUGCUGUUCCGGGUUCUGUCCAAGAUAAACACUCGCACAAAGACCCCCGUGCUGGCCACCAUUGUUUCCGGCAUCGUUGCAGCUCUGAUGGCUUUCCUGUUUGAUCUGGCAGCCCUGGUCGACCUCAUGUCCAUAGGAACCCUGCUGGCGUAUUCAUUAGUGGCUAUUUGCGUCCUAAUUCUCAGGUAUCAGCCCGGCAACCUGAAUUCGUCCAGUCAGACGGAGAAGCUGGUGGAGCUGGUGGAAGGCGAGAAGGUGGCCGUGAGCGGAGGGGACAGCGGAGACGAGUACGGCAUGGAGAUGGAAGACAGGCCCCUCAAAGAGGCGUUCACCGCCAAGCUGCUCUUCAGUCCGAGCGGAAACAGCCCCACUAAAACCUCCGGCACCAUCGUCUACGCUACCACAGCCAUUAUCUCUGCUCUCAUGACCGUUCUCUGCAUCAUCCUGGCCAACUGUCUGCCGCAGCUGCUGUCCGCGCACGCAGGUGUUGUGACACCGUGUAUCAUCUUAGCUCUGCUCUGCGUCGUCUGCGUUAUCAUCAUCUGGAGGCAGCCGCAGAGCAAAGAGGCACUCACCUUCAAAGUCCCCCUGCUUCCCUGGCUGCCCCUGUUCAGCGUCUUCGUCAACAUCUACCUCAUGAUGCAGCUGGACGUGGCCACAUGGUGCCGCUUCUCGGUCUGGAUGGUUAUCGGGUUCGCCAUCUACUUCCUUUAUGGUAUUAAGAACAGCAGCGAAGCAAACAACGGGUCGCCCUCAGGCAAAUACGAGCCGGCGCUGCAGAACAAAAGCCCGAUUUACAAGGGCGCCCCCGACGACAGUGACGUAGAGGUCGGCGGCAGCCCCUGAUACAGACUGAUUCAGACCCGAGGCGCAUUUCCGAGCGUCUGCAUCCAUUCCUGACCAUCUGCUGUGUAGGUGGCUCGGAACGCUGUCCCGGGUUUAAAGGGAGAGAGGAGGCAAGAAAAAAAAAAAAAACGCCACACACGUCUAACCUCUGACUCGGAGGUUGGUUAACUACUUGACUAUUAAAUGCUGUGACGGGGGCCAGUUCCCGGACCGUCAGAUUUUUAACAUGGGUUUUAUUUAGCCCACGCUCACGGCGAACAUUUACCUGCCUGUAUCACGUGCUUUCAAUGGAUCUGGCUAA